AGUGCUUUUCCACGCUAGCGAGUCCACGCUAAAGAUGCCUCUGGCAAAAGAUUUGUUGCAUCCAUCUCCCGAGGAGGAGAUGAGGAAACACAAGAAGAAGCGUCUGGUGCAAAGUCCCAACUCCUACUUCAUGGAUGUCAAGUGCCCUGGUUGCUACAAAAUCACUACUGUGUUCAGCCAUGCACACACUGUAGUGCUGUGUGUCGGAUGCUCCACCGUACUCUGCCAGCCCACCGGAGGAAAGGCCAGGUUAACAGAAGGCUGUUCCUUCAGAAGAAAGCAGCACUAAAAAUGAAAGUUGGCAUUUGAGGAUGAAUGAGACUGCACACAG